GACGUCUUCCUGGCUGUUCGCCGCAAGAAGACCACCAUUUUUCUGAGCCUUAAGGAAAAUGCUGAAGUUUUGGAAGUCAAACAAAUGAUUGAAGGAAUUCUCAAAGUUCCUCCCGAGGACCAACUUCUACUUUUCCAGUCCACAGCUAUGUACGAUCAUAAACCGCUCGCUCAUUAUGGCCUCACUGAUCAAACUGCUCGCGCACACAGUCCUGCCACUCUUGGACUGUGCCUUCGUGAUCCUGACACCGAGCAGUUUGAGGCUCUUGAUAUUACGCCUUAUUCGAACCCCCCUGAGUUGCCGGAGGUUAUGCGUUGUCAGGAGAAUCAGCCUCCGCCGUCUGUCUCCACCGUCUCCAACCCCACCGCUCAAGCCGAAGCUGCUGCGGCCUCACGGCCCUAG